UUUGAAAAUGCCCUAGAUAACCCACAGCUUGCAUCUCCCUCUGGGCCUGCACUGUACUACUGUACUGUGUACCUUGCCCGUUCGUUGCCAGCGACGUCGCCGCAACGUGGUCGGCCUCGGCCAUCCCACAUUCCUACUGGUACGUGUGUGCGCGCGUAUAUACUAGGAGGUUCGCUCGAUUCUGCGUCUUGCAUUGGUUUCAUGUCCAGCACCGGCAACGGCGGCGAGAAGAUGGGGGCGGCCAAGAAGAAGGGCCAGGGGCUGGCGGCGCUGCCGUGGACGGUGCGGUUCCAGGUCUUUGCCCUCUCUGCCGCCUGCGACCUCUCCCAGCGCCGGGACGGCACCGUCAACCGGUCUCUCUUCUCGCUCGUUGACAGGCAGACCCACGCCAGCUCCCGCCCGGACGCGCGCGGCGUGCGCUCCGCCGACGUCGUCGUCGACGCCUCCAGAGGCCUCUGGGCGCGCGUCUUCUCCCCGUCCGCGGAACAGGCCGGCACGGCACCUCUCCCCGUCGUCGUCUACUUCCACGGCGGCGGCUUCUCGCUGCUCGCCGCCUCCUCCAGGCCCCUCGACGCCAUGUGCCGCCGCUUCUGCCGCGAGCUGGGCGCCGUCAUCGUCUCCGUGAACUACCGCCUCGCGCCAGAGCACCGCUACCCGGCCGCCUACGACGACGGCGAGGACGUCCUCCGCUACCUCUCCACCACGGGCCUCCCCGCCGACAUCUCCGUCCCGGUCGACCUCUCCCGCUGCUUCCUCGCCGGGGACAGCGCCGGCGGCAACAUCGCGCACCACGUCGCGCACCGGUGGACGACCUCCCCUCCCUCGAACACCCAUGUCCGCCUCGCGGGGAUCGUCCUGCUGCAGCCGUACUUCGGCGGCGAGGAGCGCACCGACGCGGAGCUGAGGCUGGAGGGCGUGGCACCGAUCGUCAACAUGCGCCGCUCCGACUGGGCGUGGAGAGCGUUCCUGCCUGAGGGGGCCGACCGGAACCACACGGCGGCGCACGUCACCGGCGAGGCGGGCCCGGAGCCCGAGCUUCCCGAGGCGUUCCCGCCGGCCAUGGUGGUGGUGGGAGGGCUCGACUCGUUGCAGGACUGGCAACGACGGUACGCCGCCAUGCUGCAACGGAAAGGGAAGGCUGUGCAGGUGCUGGAGCUCCCCGACGCCAUCCACUCAUUCUACAUCUUCCCGGAGCUCCCGGACGUCGGCAAGCUCGAUAAGGAUUUCAAGACCUUCAUCGAAACCAACACGCCCGAUCAUUAGUUCGCGGCUUCAUUUCACUCGUACGUACACGCGACGCCGGUGAACGCUCAUCGUGUUGUAUGCUAGGAGAAUAUCAUCUCUGGUUGUCUCCUUUAAAAAUAAAAUUACUGGAUGAUGUAAGCUGUAACAAUUGCUUUGGACGACGAGGGCUGCUCCGGUGCUCCCCUAAAUCCCCUAAAUGAAGUUGAAAGAUCAUAGUUGGUUUCUUUUU